GUUCACCGCUGACUUUAAGCGGCGCUACUAUCGAAACUAAAGCAAAGCAUAUGCGGGCUUUGGUCAAUAGCAAGUGUUUUUACUCCCUUUAAUAGCGCGAUACCUUUGUCUAGUUUCCCUUCAUCAUUGGCUUAAACAUGUCUUUACUGGAUGUCACCGUAUUUCCAAAAGACUUUGCGUGGGGAGCUGCGACUGCUGCUUAUCAAAUAGAAGGAGGCUGGAAUAUGGAUGGUAGAGGCCCCAGCAUAUGGGACACAUUCUGCCACGCCAAAGGACGGGUGUUUGAAGACCAUACUGGAGAUGUAGCCUGUAACAGCUAUCAGCUCUGGAAAGAGGACCUGAAAUGUAUCCAACAGCUUGGUCUCACUCAUUACCGUCUGUCCAUAUCCUGGUCACGGCUCCUUCCCGAUGGAACCACAAAUCAUGUGAAUCCAAAAGGUGUGGCAUAUUAUAACAAAGUGAUUGACGACUUGAUUUCUUGUAAUGUGACGCCCAUGAUCACAUUGUACCACAUGGACUUACCUCAAGCCUUACAGGAUCUUGGCGGAUGGAACUCAACAGAUAUUGCAGACAUCUUUGAAAGUUAUGCCAGGUUUUGCUUUAAGACCUUUGGGGACAGAGUAAAGCUCUGGAUCACACUGAAUGAGCCCUAUGUUUGUGCCAAGUUGGGCCAUGAGGAUGGCAAAUUUGCCCCUGGGAUCAAAGAUCCAGGAAUAUCAGUCUACUUGGCUGGGCAUAACAUGCUGCGUGCCCACACCAAAGCCUGGCAUACUUAUAAUGAUCAUUUCAGGUCUUUACAAGGAGGGCAAGUGUCUCUUGCUCUGAACAGUGACUGGGCAGAGCCGUUGGACCCGGGCUGUCCUAAAGAUGCUGCAGCCACUGAGCGCUACAAGGCUUUCACUCUAGGCUGGUUUGCCUGGCCUGUGUUUUGCACAGGAGAUUACCCAGAGUCCAUGAGGUUCAGGAUUGAGACUAGGAGCUUGGAUCUGGGAUACAAGCAGGGCUUACGGCUACCACACUUCUCAAAGGAAGAGCCCACUCCUCUGGGCACAGCGGAUUUCUUUGCACUGAACUAUUACACGUCUCGGAAAGUAAAAGAUCUAAGUAGUGCUAGUAAGAACAACGAGCUCAGUUUUGUAGGGGAUCAGGGGGCAGAGCGGGUUGUUGACCCAUCAUGGCCCAUAUGUGGGGUUCAAUGGUUGGCUGUUGUUCCUGACGGAUUGCGGAAAUUGCUAAAAUAUAUAAAGGACACCUAUACCAGUCUGCCCAUCUAUAUCACAGAAAAUGGCUUUUCACAGAUGGGCCCGGUUCAGAUAGAAGAUGCCAACCGCUCUCAGUUCUAUCAGGACACUCUGCAGGAAGUUGGCAAAGCUAUCAGUCAAGAUGGAGUGAAUGUAAAGGGAUAUUUUGCCUGGUCACUGCUGGAUAACUUUGAGUGGAAUGAUGGCUUCAGUGUGCGCUUCGGCUUGUUUCAUGUGGAUUUCUCUACACCUGAACUGAAGCGCACCAUUUACCGCUCAGGUAGAGAGUAUGCUGCUGUCAUAUCCAAACAUCACUCUCAGACCAAACCGAAGAGCGUUUAACAACAUUACUAAGAAACAAAAUCAACAUUAUGUUAAACAUGAAGAAAUGACAUCAGGAAAUGUCUAAUGAAAAUGAUUUGCUUUAGCUGAGAGUUCUUAAACAUUUAGUAUGACGCAAGAGAAUCAAGGCUUCAGUUCUAGUGUUUUGUUGAUAUAUGCUGCCUCUGUGUGGUCCAAAAUGGUAUUAAAUUUGGAACAGCAUUUUGUGCUGAUAUAUUGGCUGGAAUUGCUUUAUGCCAGAUCUACAGGCAUUACACAGUCCUAAUAGUGUAAAAUGAGAAUGUGUAUGAGAUAUUAAUGUAACAGUUUGUAGUGAUUUUUAUAUGCAAACUGAAGUGUCGUUAACUGGAUUGCACAUGUAAUUACUAUUGGAAAUGAGGUUAUGCUGAACCUAACCGCAGCCCUAAACUCCCAAGGGAGUAAAUGACUUUAAAAAUUAGGGUUCUGUUCUAAUUAUUCACCCAGGAACAGCCAUUAUUGCAUACUGUAAAUUAAUAAAAUUCAAAUUCGACAUUCGAAUUAUUACCUUAUAGAAUGUUUGAGUGGUAUUUUUUUUUUUUUUAAUCAAACUGUAUUGUUCAAAUUACUUGAAUCAGAGCACAAGUGUAUUAAGCAACAAUGGAAGUGAUUUUUAAUCCAGUCAGGCUGCCAAAUACAUUUUUUAUACAGGUUUCUUGACUCUAAAUUAGUGUAUUUAAUUGUAACAUUCAAUCACCUCCGCUGAUGGACAAUAAUAAAGGUGUCAAAUUAA